UCGUUUCGCGUUAAACGUUAUCGUCGGCCAUGUUACAACUUCCACGUAGAAGUGCCAGCAAAGCAGACCGGACCUGAGGAAAUGUUAUGACAAUUACUACACUUUGUGAUGAUGUUGGUGUAAAAUGGAUGAAGACGAUAGAAAGAAGAAAUUACUAGCUGGCAGGGAGAGGCUGGCAAAGUUUCAAAAACAGAAGACCUCUCCCGACAAGAAAGUGAAGAAGAAAAAGAAAAAGAAGGCUUCGACAGAGCAAGUAGACGAUGGUCUUGGUGUGGCUAACGGAGAUAGUGACAUCAGCACUCCAGGGCCCUUAAGUGACGAUUCUUCUUACGAUCAAGAUCAUCAAGUUGACUCCAGCUUUGCUAGUGAUUUUUCAUCACCCUUGCAUUCUGAGGCUGACCAGUCCUUUGAUGGAGAGUCUGUUGAUGAGGACUCUGACAGUCGCUAUGACGUUGCAUCCCCCGUCCACAAUGCUUCCUCGGACCGAAUCCUGGAGCUGGAGGAGACCCUGGAGGGCAAGGAGCUGGCUCUCAGGAUGAUGCAGCAGGAGCUGGAUGAUGCUACCAAGGCCAUGGAGGAGGCUCAGGACCACGCCCUGUCUGUGCAGGCCGACGCCCAGGCUGCAGCAGGUGCCACGCCACCCCCGAACAACAUAGAUGCUCACCAACAGGCAGGCGAUAACCAUCAUUGGCAGAGUGCUUCCAUCCAGCCUGAACCUCUAACCUCAGAGAGAGAGGCAGAGUACAAUGCAGCAAUAGAACAAUACAACCUCAAGAUCAUUGAAUUCCAGACGGCAUUAGCCCAAAGAGACGACAUCAUCAAGCAGCUGUCUGAUAACAUGCAGGGAGCCCUCCAGAGUCGAGAUGAGGUCCAACGUGAGGCCAGUAAUCAGGCCGAAAACCUUUCACACCAGAUACAAUCAUUACAGUCACAACUCAGAACCGCAGGAGAGACAUUACAGAGCCAGGGGAAGACUCAAGUUAAUGAACUUGCAGAGGAACUAACCAAAGCUCACGAUCAGGUUGUUAAUCUCCGCCAAACCGUAGCUGAUAAAGAAGCUUUGAUGCACGAACUUGCCAAUAGAUACUCAAAAAAGUCUGAGGAACUCUUUGAUUUGAAAGAAGAGAAGGAGGCUGUGGUUCGGGAGCAUGCCGGUGAGGUCGCGACCCUUAAACAUCAGGUCAGCGAGCUUAGAGGGGAUGGUGGCGCCCUCCCGAAGGAAGAGCUCAUCGAGGUUCUUCGGGCGGAGCUGGAUGAAAGCUACGGAAACCAGAUGAUGUUGAUGAAGCAGCAGCUGAUGGAGAACCACCACCAGGAAACAGAGUUGCUGCAACAACGCUGCAAUGAGCUGCAGGUUCUAGCCAGGUCGAACGCAGGAGCUGCGGACGUGGAGGUUGGUGCACUGAAGAAUCAGCUGGACGAACAAGGAAAGGCAUUCCAGAUGAAAGCUGACGAAGCAGAAGUGCUCAAGGAGCAGCUUCAGAAACUUGUGACAGAAUUCUCCAGACAAAAUGAAGAGAUUGAACAGAAGCAUGCUGCUGAUAAUGAUAUCCUCAGGAGAGAGCUAUAUGCAGAAUCCAAAGUGAAGAUGGAUGAGCUGGAGAGCGAGAAGCAGAGAGAGCGAGAGUACCAGGCAGAUGUAGUAUCUGACCUGACGGACAAGCUCAACCAAGCCUUAAAUGACAGCAAGGAACUAACUGAAAUCCGCGACACCUAUGAGGGGCAGAUAACCCGCCUUAUGAAACAACUUGAAGAAACGCAACGGGAUAGUGAGACCGCUGCUGACUUGAAUGCUGAGAAUGAGCAAGAAAGAAAGAAACAUGCUGACGAGAUGGAAGAACUGAAGGAGCAGUUGAACAGGAUCGAUGAGGAUAACAGAGAACUCACUCAAAUUAGGGAAGCAUACGAAGGGCAGAUUGCCAGGUUGAGUUCUGAACUGGAGAACAAGCCCAACUUUGAUGCAGAAUCGGAUUACAAUGGUAAGGAAAAAGAUGAACAACUAGCCGAGUAUGAAGCGCAAGUGCAGGAGUUGGAGCGAAAACUUGAAGAAAGCAAGGCGAGUGGACCUUCUAUGGAUAAACUGCAGGAAAUCAGAGAGGGAUUAGCUGCCCAAAUAAAGAUGGAUUAUGAUGACCUGAUGGAAGACCUCAAGUACGAUCAUGAAGGACAGCUGAAGAGACUCAAAGUUCAGCUUGAUGUGGAGUAUAAAGACAACUUAAGAGACGCCACAAAAGCAGUCGAAGAUCAGCUUGAGCAGAGCAUCAAGAAGGUCCAGACGGAAAAGGAGCGAGAGUUUGUGCUGGAACUCCAGAACGUUAGAGCUGAGCUUCAAGAACAGUAUGAUGAAAAGUUGCGGCAGGAGUUGGACAAAGGGCGGUCCGAAACCCCGUCGGAAGAGCCUGUCGCCUUUGGAAUGGUUAACGAAGAAGCAUCACAAGGAGGCGGGGUUCUUACAGAAUUGAAGAAAGAUUUGAUGAAUAAGCUAGAAAUUGAAGUGCAAGACUUGUCUGAAGUCAGAGAUGAUCUUCUUGAACAACUGGAAGUUGCCACCCGUGACCAAGAGACAGUAAGAGAGGAGCUGGCUGCCGCUACUUUUGAGAAGAACAAUUUAAGUGCCGAGGUCGAACAGCUUAAGGAUGAGUUACUUGGCAUACACUUCCAGGCCGACACUUCUACUGACUCGCCCUUCUAUGACAAUGAGCGAGAUGAGCUGAAUGAUAAGAUGCAGGUAAUGAACAGUAAACUACAAUCCCAGGAGCAGGACCAUGAGAUAGAAGUGUCAGGGUACAUUGCCAAGAUGGAGGCCUUGAAGCAAGAGAUAGCAAAGGCCACUCAAGUUCAUGAUCAGGAGAGAGGCGAACUUGAUAACAAGAUCCUAGAACUAGAAUCACAACUGAAAGAGAAGGUAGAUGAUGUUCCUUCGGAAGAACUGCAAGGGCUGGGAGAAAGGAAUGCAAGUCUUGUGUCGGAGAUUGAGAGAAUGCAGAGGGACUUGAGUGAUGCAAAGAGUUUCAUUGAGGAACAUGGCCAACGAGCUGUUGACCUUGACUCAAGGAAUCAAGCGCUUGAAGAGCAGGUAGAACAGCUUCAGAAACAGCUAGAGUUGAGUGGUCAUGAAAUGGAAGGCCUUCAGGAAGCGAUGACGUCUCUCAGGGAAGUGCAAAUGAUGGAGAUGCAGCAGCUCAGUGAAGAAAAGCCAAGAUUGGAAUCUGACUUGGCAGAGGCAAAUGACGAGAUUGAAAGAAUGAAAAAUGCACAAUCCAAAGAUACAAGUGAAGAGGCAACUGCCGAGCUGGAAGAUAAACUAAGGGAAUUGGAAGAGGAGAAGAGGAGAGCUGAUGAACUUUUGGAGAAGGCUGUCCAAGAAUUGGAACGUAUGAGAGAAGAGGUUGAGCAGUCGGAGGAGAGGAUACGUGAUCUUGAGGGAGAGGUGUGUAGACAAGCUGAUGAGAGAAAUGAACUGGAUGAUAAGAUGUCUACUCUGGAGAAAGAGCGAGAUCAGUUACUCACAGAAAAAGAAGAGUUACAGCACCAGCUUGAAACUGAAGAGAAAGAACGGGAGAGCCAAGUGGGGGAAUUGGAGUCCAGAAUAGCUUCCUUCAUUGACAGGGAAGAUGAUACUGCAGAUGCUGAUGGGGUGAGACAAGAGAGAGACAGUGCCUUAGGAACCUUAGACUCCCUCUCUAGUCAAUACCGAACCAUGGACGCCAGGAACAAAGAGUUAGAGUUGCAUGUGGAGAAUCUGGAAGAGCAGCUGACAAGGCAGCAGUCUAUGCAGAUUGUUAGAGACGUUGAAAUUAUGGCACAGAGAGAGACUUUUGAGGAGGCUGUAGCAAACUAUGACAGGACGAUUGGCGAGUUGAGAGCUGAGAAAGAAGAGAUCCGGAUGGAGCUAGAAAGGCAAGGUACACCAGAUAAGCCUUCCCAUUUAAUUCCUGUGGAAGAAGAGAUGAUUGUAGCUGGUACAGUUGCUCCUGUUGCUUCAGUUGCAGCUGCGCCAUCACCAGGUGAAGGAGAAGACACAAGUGAUGGGAGAGACUUUACCAGUCUGCCCAGUGAUCUAGAGACCACUGUUGAAACUUUCAGGACUGAGAAUAAAGAUCUUAAAGCCAAGCUUGCAGAAGCCAGUGAGGAGACGGAUUUCUUGCUGCAUAGGGAACAUCAGCUCAAACAAGAACUGUCGGCACUGAAGGUUCUUCUCCAGGAAGGAGAGGAAGAAAAGGAAGCUCUUGAAGAUCUUAUUGAAGAAGAAAAAGAGCAGAUUAACGAGUUGAAAAUGGUCGAUGAAGACCUUGAAAGAGAAAACCAGCAGUUGAAGGAAGUGAUAGAUCAUCAGCCUGAGUUACUGGAAGAUCAGGCUGCAGUAAUUGCUGGUCUGGAAGAUAAAAUUGGAAAGUUGAAGAAAGAGCUGCAGGAAAACCAAGAGCUGUAUGAGAGAGAAAACGUGCUUCUCAAGGAGGCACUUCAAGAGGAGAGAGACACAACAGCAAGGUUACUUAAUGAAGGGGAGUCACCCACAUCCAGAGACGCCCUUUUGCAGGAGAUCAUUGACCUGAAGAAGCGCCUUGCCCACAAGGAUCAGACGGAGCAUGAGAUCCUUACGGAGAAGAGCCUCCAGAUUGGGCUCCUGCAGGAGACAAAUGCCAAGCUGGAGGAGGAGAAGUAUGACCUGAGCACCAAGAUCAGUGACCUAGAGAAGCGAAUGCAAGCUUCUGAAGCAAUAUCUCAAGAGGUCCAAGACACCUUUGGAAGACAGUACCUGGAGCUUCAAUCUGAACAAAGUGCUCUGAAGGACCAACUGGAGAAGCAGAAGACCACUUCCAAUGGGCAGCCUCUCGAUGAGCAGGCUCUGCGGGAGGAGGCUCUUCGCUGCGCCAAAGACAUGCUGCUGCAGAAGUUGGAAGAGAAAGAGGCAGUGGAGCAGCAGAUGUUGGAUGAGAAGAUGGAGCUUCAGAAGCAACUUGGCAAUCAACAGAGUCUGGAAGAACUGCUCCACGAGAAAGACACACUGGAGCAGGAGCUUGCCAGGCAGAAGAGGUCCCUACAAUCAGAGGUCAAGGAACUUGAACAGAAACUGCAGGAUCAAGCCAGGAAGCUGCAGAAUGAGAAAUCCAACCUAGAAUGUGAGCUGCAGCAGAAAGACUUUGAGCUGAGGAAGUGGGAAGCCAGCUUCAGAGAGCAACAGCUAGAGUACAGGAAUAGAGAAGCAUUUGUCAGGAGGAAACACGAUAAUCAGGUGGGCUCCAUGAUGACGGACUCUGACAAGGAGAUGGUGGCCCGCCUGGAGGGCAUGCGCCUCAUCCUGGAGCGCCAGCACGCCGAGGCCGUCUCCCGGCUCCGUCGGGACCUGGAGCAGGAGUUCAGCUCCAGGGAGGGGCGGCAGACGGAGAAGCACCUCUCGGACAUCUCCCUCCUCAAGUCUCGCCAUCAGUCACAGCUUGAAGAUAUGAAGGCUGAGUUUGAAUCCCGCAUCGAAGGUGCGAAGGAAGAACUGGAGGAGGAGAGGAAGAAGCAGCUAGGAACCGUCAAGACGGUUCACGAGAGAGUGAUGGAACAGGAUCAAGCGGAACAUGUCAAGACUUUACAGGACUUGACGGACCAACAUGAAUGGGAGAUGGAGGCUCUGAAAGGUGAAUUGGACCUGAGACAGAGAGCGAUCUUUGAGGAAAUGAAAACUAAGAUUGAAGAGAAUAAUCUGAAAGAGAAAGAAUCCAUCAGGCAGCAAAGCGAGACCAAAGCCCGAAAAGAAGUGGAAGCGAUCAAGUCUAGUCUGGAACAGGUCUACACGAGCCAGACAGAGUCCUUGAGGGCUGACCUAGCCCACGAGAAGGCCCAGGCCCUGAACGAGCUGCGUCAGGCCCUCAUGUUGGCUAAUGAUGAAGCUCUGAAGAGGAUGGAGGAAAGCUGGGCAGCCAAACUGGAGGAGGAGAGGAAAGAUCUGGCUUACAGAACUGAUGAGGCGGAGCAGAACACCCAUCAGCUGAUAUCACAGCUACAGAGACGGCUGAGUCUUGAGCACAAGCAAGUCGUCCAGACGCUAGCCGAGCAGUGGGACCAGGAGGCGGUGGAACGCCUGGAGACGGUACGAACCGAGAUGGAGGCCAAAUACACCCAGGAGCUGCAGGAGGAGAAGAAGGAGGCGGAGGAGAGGAGAGAGGAGGACAUGGAGCGCACCAAGGAGCACGUGGAGGGGGAGUACAAGUCAGACGUGGAGAUACUCCUCAAGGAGAGGGAGAUGCUUGUUGAGCACGCAGAAGAGAUGAGACAGAACCUUGACAGGGUACAUCACAAAGAGCUUGCAGAACUGAGAGCCAAUCUCAAGGCUGAGUACGACCAGUACGUCCGAGCAAAAGAAGAGAUGGAGAUCGCCCGCUCCCAGUCGGAAGCAUCCCUCAUCGAAGAUCUGUCCCUUCUCAGGAUCGCCCACCAGGAUCUUCAGCAGCAGUACCGUGCUGAUGUAGCAUCCUUGAAGGCCCAGUUGGAGCAAGCAGGAGUCCCAGAUCCGGACCAGCUCGCCGAAGAGAACAAGGAGCUGCAGACUGCCCUCACCAAACUCAGGGCCAAACUGCAAGAAGAACACACUGAGGAACUGAACCAGCUGAGAUUGUACUUCGAGAAGCAGGUGGAGGAGACGGAUGAGAGAUGGAAGGCAGAGAUGGCCGAAUUGAAGAACCUCUAUGAAUCGCCAGAAGGUAAUGCUGGCAAGGAUCUAGAUGAGAGAGACGCCAAAAGGAAAGACUACUCCCAUGCCAUGAUGACCCUGACACAUCUCUCAGACUCGGACAGCUCACCUCCAAGAUCACCACCUAAGUUCUUGGAAGUUGAGGCAGAACUGAAGCAAGAGCUCAGGGCGCAACUGGAGCAUGAAUACCAGAAGGAUCUGAGGAACCUGAGGUUAGAGCUUGAGAGUGAACAUGAAGCACAGAUGGCAAGGAUAAAGAUGGAGUAUGAUCUGCAGAGGGAAGAAGAUAUGCUGCAGCUGGAGGAUCGGUUGAAUGCCAAGCACACACAGGAUGCCAAUGAUCUUGAGCUGGAUUACCUGAACCAGUUUGAGGAGCUCAGGAACCAGCUUGAAGGAGAUCACUCCAAAGAAAUAAUCAGGUUGCAAUUACAAGGUGCUAGUGAAUCAGCCAGAGCUGUGGAAGAAGAAGUGACGAGGAUGACAACUGAACACCGUGAAGCCAUGGAGGAAUCUGAAGAGAGCCAUGCCCAGGAGAAUCAGGAGAUGCGUCAGCAAAUGUCCUCCGAGCUAGCCUCUGCUGUUGCCGAAGAGAUGGAAGGGCUUCGUGAAACACUCCAAAAAGAACACAUGGAAGAAAUGGAGAGCUUGCGUCAGCAGUAUGAGAGUAGUGUCCUAACCGACUCUUCAAAAGAAGAAGCAAACAGACAUGCAGAGGAGGUUAAACAACUGGAAGGUGAAUGGCAGCAAGAAAGAGAACUUCUUGUGAAAGCGAGCAAAAAUGAGAUUGUCGAUGAGGUUGCAAAGAUAGUAUCUGAUGCAACUAUAGAGCGAGCCCUUCUGCAGGUGGAGGUCGAUACCCAAAGCAACAUGAUAGGUAUUUGCCUUGAGCAACUGGACAAGCUCAAGAACUCUGAAGCUGAAUCUCUGCAGGGUGCCGUUGAGGAGGUGGAGCAACUAAGACGGGAGCUCGAAGACACCAAAGAGCGACUUCAUCAACUGCAGGAAAGCAUCAAGAACGGAGAGGCGCCAGAGAUACAGGAACUCAAGGAGACCCUCAUGCGGGACUACGACAAUCGAUUGGAGCUGAUAACGACCACGAUGAACGAAGAGAUGGAUCAGUUGGUGAGGACGACCCAGGUUGAAGCAAGAGCAGACCUGGAGAAGAUGCAGGAAGACUUUGCCGUUCAGCACCAGGCUCUGAUGGACAGGUUUGUGGAGGAUCAAGAGAAGGCACUUGGAGAGCUCAAGGUGGUUCAUGAAGAAGACCUGGCCAGAACCAAGGAAGAGCUGCAAACUGAGCUCACUCAACAACAGAUGAAAGAUCUUGAAGAUCUUCGGGGAUCCCUCACCAAAGCCAAAGAGGAGGAGCUAGAGAUGCUGAGAAAGAGCCACGCCCAGGAGCUGGAGGAGCUCCGCUUGGACCUGAUGAAGCUCACCGACGAGGAGAGGGACAAGCUGGAGGAGAAGAUGAUGGAAGAGAGAAGAGGGGUCGAGGAGGUGGAGCAGAAGAUGAGAGAGAUGGAGGAGAGACACGAACGGGAUAAGGAAGAGUUUAAGGAAGAGCUGGUGGCUUCACACAUGCAGAAGUUUAGAGAGGUAACUGCUGAAUUGGAGGAGACCCACAAGCAGGAAAUGGAAGCCUCCAACACCUUCCUGCAAGCCGAACUGGACAGCGACUUCACCCAGCGACUCGAGGCCCUCCAGGACCAGCUCCAAGAGUCCACCCAGCAACUCCAGGAGUCGGACCAGCAGCACGAGGAUGAGAUGAGCAGCCUGAAGCAGUCCCUCGAGAUGAAGCUGACCCAGAUGGAGGAGGACCACGCCGAUCAGCUGGCUGCCUUGGGCUCCUCCCAGGACGCCGACGUCGAGACGGCCAAGGGCGAUCUGGAGGAGGUACAUCGGAAGGAGAUCAUCGACCUCCAGAACAAGCUGGAGGCUCAAAAACAGAAAGACAUUGAAGAUCUUCAGAUGGCGUUCGAGGAAGCAAAGAAGCUGUUGACGGACAAUCACCGAGAGAUGCUGAGUCAGAUAGAAGCAGAGAAAGAGGAGAAGGUGAAGGAGAUGGAGAGAGAGAAGGAAGAAGCUAUGGAUGCUUUGAAGGAGGAAAUGAAUAGGAAUGCAGAGCAAGAGAAAGGAGAGAAAGAUCAGAUGAUAAAGGAGAAAGAUGACCUGGUACAAGAAAAUGAACAGCUGAAGGGGAAGAAUGCAGAGCUACUUGAGUCGCUAGCUAAGCGAGAGUCUGUGAUUGGUCGAUCAGAACGAGAGAAUGAAGAAGGGAGCACCUUAUUGGCCAUGCUCCGAUCAGACUUAGACCGCCUUGGAACAGAAAGGGACGGUUUACAACAGACCAACAACCACCUACUGCGGGUCCUGACCCAGGUCGUACACACCACCAUGGCAUCGGAGAAUGCCAUCAACCGACGUCUGGGAGGGGGCUCCAGACCAUCCCCCUCCCGCCAGCAGGAGAUGGAUAGGAGGGGCGAUGGGAGGCCCUCAUCGCCCAGGAUUGAUCUUCUGAGGGGUGCCGUCGGAGGUAACCGUGAUGGUAGACCAGGAGACUCUAGCUCUGACGGUGAUGUUCUUCAUGAUACCAGCGUAGCUUCUAUGUUCAGUGAUGAGGGUUUGGAGCUCUCGCAGCACAUCAAUGAGAGCAUGUUCGUAGGACCGGAGCUAGACUCGGAAGGCGAGGAGAUGGUCACAGGUGCCACGACGAGACUCCACUCGGCAGUCGAACGGCUGCUGGACCAGUUCUCAGACUCCAGCACCCAGUCUGACCAGCGCCGUCCUGUCCAGGCCGAGGGCUACGCCAGCUCAGCCUCCAGCAGGGAGGAAGACUCCCUCUCCAGGAGCGCAGGAGCAGGAGCACCAGGAGACAGGGAUGAUCUCCUCAGGAGGCUGCAUGCGGAGAUCAGGGAGAAGGAGAGACUUGCAGUGGAGCUCCAUAAAUCAGACGGUCUUCUGGAUGGCAUCACCGCUGAGAAGAUGGAUGUGGAGGAUGCCUUACAGCAGGCCCGAGAGCGCCACCACGGCAUGGUCGUCCAGAUGGAGGCCCUAUCAGAGCGUCUGGCCGAGACCACCAAUGCUAACCAAGCCCUACAGGACGGGCAGGACCAGUUUGAACAACAGAGGGCGGUGCUUGCAGAACGACUUGGCCUGGAAGAUCUAGGCUUGAUAGAGGAGAACACCCAGCUGCGACACCAGGUCCAGGCCCUGACCGUGGAGCACCAGGACCUGGAGCGUCAGGCAGCCAAGACCAAGAGCUACCUGGAGCAGCAGGUCCAGGCCCUGGAGACGAGCACCGAAGAGCAAAUCUCUGGAGCCAGGAGGCAGGAGGAGGAGGCACGCUUCAGGGCGGAGGAUCUUCAGAGACAGGUGGAUGCUGCCAAGAAGAUGCAAAGCUCUCACAAACAGUUCCUAGAGCAACAAUCAGCAGACAGAGAACAGGAGAGGGAAGAGUUCCAGAGGGAGAUUGCACGCCUGGAAGAAGAGAUGAAGCUGAAGGAGAAACCAGGCCAGGAUUUGGAAGAGCUAAAGAAAGAAAAUCAAGACUUAAAGGAUGAGAUCAGCCUCUCCCAGAGCGCUGCUACUGAUUCAGUGUCUCGUAUACAACAGCUGGAGAAGGAGGUUUCUUGGAAGCAGGACACAGUGACGGAACUUGCUCGACAGAUCAAGGAGUUAGAACGCCAGCUCGACGACCAGAAGAAGCUGCCUGCGCGGGUCUCCGAGCUGGAGGCCGAGCUACGCGGUGCCCUCCAUCUCCAAGAAGAGAUGAGACACGAGAAGGAGGCACUCCAGAAGCAAUGCUACGACCAACUCCUCCAGAUCUCGGCGCUCCAGUCCAAGCUGGAUGCUCAUAAACACGGCCUGGACAGUCGUGUGGCACCCUCUACCGGCGCGUCCAAGUCGCUGGAUGAUACCAACGAGGGUCCGAUGUCACUCGCUCAACAGUGGGAGCAGGAUAAGGAGGCAUUGGACAGGAAUAACAAAGAGAUCGAAGACUUGGUGGAACAGCUAGAGCAGUUCAGGGAGGAUCUAACCAACAAGGAUGAGGAGAUCGCACAGCUCAAUCUCCAGCUGGGGGUAGCCUCCAGGGAGCAAGGAUCAGGAAGAGAGGAUAUGGAAGAGGAGAUUAGCCAGGUUAAAGCAGAGAAUGAGAGAUUAAAGGAUGAGCUGCAGGCUCCACCUCUAGACCAGGAGCAGUCCUCCCUGCCCAGGCUAGCCCAAGAGCUCCUGGAGGAGAAGAACCUGGAGAUAGAUCAGCUGGAGCACCAGAUCCAGGAGCUUCAGAGCAGCCUUGACCAGCAGGGGACCAGGAGCCAGCAGGUUCGCUACCAGGAGAAGGAGCUUGUGGUGGAGGAGACGAUCCGGGUGGAGAGACGGUCAGCCGAAGCGGCUCCUGGUUCUCCCGAUGAGGACGUGAAAGCAGAGGAGCUGAAUGAGCUUCGUUUGGAGUUGGAGAGUCAGGUGGCAUCGAAGGACCAGGAGAUCUCCAUGCUUAGACAGCAACUCGGUGAGAGAGACCAGAGCAACGCGCUGUCCAACCCUGCAGUUCAAGAGGUCAUCGAUAGAAUGAGGCAACAUACACAGGAUGAGGAACAACAGAGGAAACAACUUGAGCAAGAAGUAGCCUCCCUGAGACAGAUCAUGGGGAUACGUGAGAGGGAGGUUGCACAGCUGGAGGCACAGCUAGUCAGGACCCAAGAGCAGGCCUUAUCCCAGGGGGAGGAAGCAUCUCAACUGGACAAUAAUGACCUCCAGAAAACAAUACAGGAGAAGGAGCUUGAGAUCAUGAACUUGAAGGUGGAGAUGGAUCGGAUAGAGGAAGCCGCCUUCCAGUCUCAGCAGCAACAGCAGCAGGCAAGGAGUCCUGCAGAGGCCACGCCCAUCCCGGCUAGCCCCGCCCUGGAGGAGGCGCUCAAGACAUUGGAGGAGGAGCUCAACCAGGAGAGGAGUAGAGCUUCUCUGAUGGAGGCCGACUAUCAGAGGAGGCUGGCAGGAUUGAAGGGACUCUCUCCUGGGAAGACGCUAGGACAGAAACUGAAUGAGAUCCGUGAGGAGCUUACCCGCCAGCACCAGCAGCAUGUAGCCGACAUCCAGCACACCAUGAACAAGGAGGCGGAGCUUCGUAUCGAGCAGAUCAAGAAGGAGCAUGCUCACCAGAUACAGCUCCUUGACGAACGCACCAGAACACAGGUCCACGAGGCCGUGCUGAAGACCAACCAAGAUCUCCUGGUGGCUCAUGGAGAGGAGAAGGCCAGGACUGAGGAGGAACAUCGGAAGCAGAUGGAGAGACUAGCCGCAGCCACGCCUAUCAACGUCAGCACACUUGGAGAAGUAGGAGACCUGUUGCACAAGGAGGUGGAGAACACAGCCAGAUUGGACUCCAACCUUCUGGGUCACCUGAGACGUCGCCAGGGUGGGGUAGGCAGAGAGCAGCCCCCCGGGGAGGGGUCCAUGACCAACGGUGAUUCGUCAGAUCUUGAUAUGACCAAUGGCAAUGGAGAGAUCCCGCCCAGGUUGCAGAGUGUACUAGCCAGACUUCACAGCGAUGGGCUGCAGGUCCUGUCCCUCUCUGACCUUCGCUACCUACGCCAAGCUACCUCACCCCACCCUGGCGCACGCAGGGGCACAGACGUGGCCUCUCUGCGGCAUGCAUGGGAGAACGAGAAGCAGGCACUCCUGGAUGCUAUACAGGCCAUGAAAGACUUGGUCACGCACACCACUACUGGUCUUAGGAAUGAUGAGCUAGACUGGAGGGGAGACCUUCUGAGGGCCAUCCAGGCCGUCUUUGAUCAAGAGAGGGAGUCCCUCCUGGCCGAGCUUAGAACACACGUGGUAGCCAGCGGAGACCAGGAUCUCUCUCAAGUUCAGCUCCUAGAGAGAAGGAUUAGAGAACAGGAGACUCAUCACAAAGCAGCCAUGGAGCAGAUCUAUGGGGCGGACCGUGCCUCCCUCCUCACCGAGGUUCACGACCUUCGGGUCAACCACAACGCCUCGCGCAUCGAGCUCCAGGAGAUACGCCAGAGGUCAACGCAGCAGUUGAGCGCCCUUGAGGAGCAGAGUUCAAACAGAGAGAAGCAAUUCAAGAGGCAAUUGGAAACCAUGGAGCACAAGUUCAGACAGGAGCGGAUCCUGGCCGACGAUCUCCGGACCUCGCUCACCGUCGAGCGCCAGAAGAUCUCCCAGCUUGGGGCCUCCCUCAGCAACGAGAAGAAGCUCGUCUCGGAGCUGCGAGAUGAAAUCGCAGAGCUCCAAGCGCUCGUAGACAGGUUGCAUUCGGAGAGAGACGACUUUGAGAGGCGCAUGACAGAUAUUGCGAGUGUGGCCGAAAGCGCUUUAGCCGCUUUGGAGGCUGAGAAAGCCAGAUCAGCUACCCUGAUGGAAGGACUAGAUUCAGAGAAGGGUAACAUCUCCAAACUCCACGAGGCACUGUCUCAGGAGAGUAACCGCUCAGUACAAGCCAGACACAGGGAUCAGAAACUAGUGAAGGAACUGAGAAAAGAGUUGGACGUUGAGCGUGUGAAAGCGAACGAGAUGGGCAAAUCCUUGGACGCUGCCAGGGAGCGCGCCGAGAGCCUGAGCAGAGAGCUCGAGGCGGAGAGAGACGAGAGCGCCAACACGGUCAGCUCGGAGAAGAUGAGGAUGUUUGACCUCAAGAGGGCGCUAGAUGUAGAGAAGACGAGAUGCCAGGAGGCUCACACUGCAUUACAGAGAGAUCGAACGCUAAACGCACAACUCCACGAGACCCUGGAACAAGAGAGGCGUUCGUUCGCUGAUGACUCCCUCAGGGACAAGUCUGCUGUCUCGGACCUUCAGAAUCUACUGGAGGGGGAGCGGCGAAAAGCCAACGAGCUCCACUCCACCAUCCAGCAGCUUGAGAGCCAGAUAGGUCGACUAGAGGGGGCGCUGCACUCGCAGAGGUCACAGGGGUCGGACGUGGUGGAGAGGGAGAGGGCGAUUAAUCGCAAACUGAAAGAGAGUCUUGAAAACCUUGAUGCCCAAUGCCGAGACUUGAACGCGAAACUGGCCAUGUCCCAGGAGACCGCAUCGAAAGCCCAGGCAGACCGGGAUCGGCUCCACGCGACCCUGACCGGUCAGAAGGAGCUCCAGCUGGACGAGGAGAAUACCAGGGAGACAGAGAGGGAGGUGGAGAAACAGAGGCAGAAAGAGAGGGAGAAGGAGAGAGAGGCUGAGAAGCAAAGACAGAGAGAUCGUGAGCUGGAGAGACAGCUGGACAAGCAGAAGAUGGACGCCCAGGAGGAUGAGCUGAUAGAGACUCAGCGACUGGUCAAGAGAUUGGAGAGAGAGAACAAGAGAAUUCAGGAAACUCAGGCCGAUGAUGAUCUACAUAGGGCUAUAGAGAAGGAGCUGCAUAACGAGUCAGGGAGCCCGCAGCGUAGGAGAGAGGGCAGGGUUGGCAAGAUGGAACGAGCCAGUCUGGACCUGUAUAAGGGUCAGUUGGAGUCUGUCAGACAGAGGUUACAACUCAUGGCGGUCAAGCAACAAGAGGAACUCUCCAAGAUUGAAAGAGCAACGAUGUUCACAGAUAGCGUACCGUCUUCCUCAGUUCAAGAGCUGAGAUCGGUGGAUGGUGCUCUGGUUGAACUGAUCACCGAACUACGUCAAGUACAUGCUGCCCUCGCUCUGCUGUCUGAAUCCCAGCCACCAUUAGUGACAUCGACGGCAUCGCGAAUCAACGAGCGUCUCCUGGAGCAAAAUGCUGAGAUGAGCAGCUACGUUUCGCAGCUCAGUACGGAGAAAUCGGAACUCAGGGCGGCGCUGUCCAAGCUGGAGGAAGAGAUCUGGCAGUACCGUCAGAGGGAGGUCCAGAGACAUCGGUCUCCGAGAGGUGCAUCUAGUGACAAGGAUACGGAAGCCCUCCUGGCCAGAGAGAGGGCCACGUGGGCCCAGGAGUGUCUGGCCACCCAGUCUUCCCUACAGGAAGCAGAGAGGCAGAUCAUACAGCUCAAGCUAGACCUUGAACGGGGCACCCUGCGCAGGGAGCAUGUCAAUGGAGAAACCACUGAGCAGCAACAACAGCAGAAGAUCCAGCGUCUCUACGGGAAGUACCUGCGAGCCGAGAGUUUCCGCAAGGCGCUGGUCUACCAGAAGAAGUACCUCCUCCUGCUGCUGGGUGGCUUCCAGGACUGUGAGCAGGCUACCCUCUCCCUGAUCGCCAAGAUGGGGGCAUACCCUUCACCAGAGGACCUCAGGGAUCACCCGUCAAAGCACGGCAAGGGUUUCACCAGGUUCAGGAGUGCUGCUCGGGUUGUCAUCGCUGUCUCAAGGUUGAAGUUUCUUGUGCGAAAAUGGAGACGGGCAACCCGGUCAGGGUCCCGAGACCUCAUGGCGUCAGCCAACGCCCCUCCCAGUGCUUCCCAACCGGACAGGACCUCAGCCGCACCCCCCUCCGCUGCCCCGCCCUCGACCAGCACCAACCAGUCACCUUCCACCCAGACAUACCCCACUGGGGCUCAGCGGUACACCUCCCCUCUGCGGGGUUCACCGAGGAGCGGGGAGUAUUCGGGGGAUUCCCCUCCUGUCAGGGACAGGGGGGCGUAUGGUCUGAUCAAUGGCAUGGCCCACGUGGGCGCUACAGGGGGCUAUCUACCAGGAAGGACGAGACCAAUCACCUCUCCUCUCUCACACAGCAGAACCGGUGCCGGAUCGCAUCUUGGUGCCACGCCCGGUAGCACACACAGUACAGAUAGAUUAGGGAUUGGAGCAACACCGGGUACUCUGAAUGAAUCAGAUGGCUCAUUCUACAUCAGGAAGAUAGAGGCAUUGCAAGAGAGACUAGGAACAUUGGCAGGAAGGAAAACAACAAUAGGACGUGAGCAGAGUUCUUCCUCCUCUAGAUACAGCUACGUCAAAAGAUAACAUUCAAUCUCUGACACCGCUUCACCAGCAAACCUACCCGCAGACAGAUCACCGAAGCAACCUCAUGAAGUCUACGUCAAAAGAUGACAUUUAAUCUCUGAUAUGGCUUCUCCAUCCAGCACACCUACCCCUGUAGACAGAUCACUGAACUCCUCGAGAUACAGCUACGUCAAAAGAUGUUUGCUCCUGUCGAGGAGGUGUCCUGCAACAAAUAUAGUCUCACAGAGACUCCAGCAUACCUAGUCCUUACCAUAACGUCGCAAACAAUAACUCUGCUUCAUUGUGUGAUAGGUGUGGGGCUGGGGGUGAGGCCGGGGAGGGGGCAGGAUUAUGCAACCAUCCCAUCAAGAUAUUCCAUUCAAGCGCUCUAGCUCUACCAUUAUUGUGAGGUUCAUGAAAUGGGGUUUGUAAGAUAUCAUGGCCAUUCCUACUUAACCAAAGAAAGUAGUCUGCUCACUAGACUACAGCCAAGCCGUGACAGUAUCCACAGCCCACAGGGAAGUUACUCGGAUCAGUCGAGCAGUAAUCCCAACAUACCAUGUCUGUUCAGAGACUACCCAUAUAUACAAUGUACCUUACUGACAGUAUGCAGUAAAAGCUACCGAAAGUCUUUACAUAGACAAUAGGCAGACUCCUGUAUAAUCAACUUAUAGACCGGUUUACUAAAAUAUUCAAAUUUGAUGCAUACUUAUUAAACAAAGGUUGUUCUUGACAGCCUGGAAGCUUGCCUAAGGCUUGUCCCACAUAGCAACACAUAAUGUAUGCAGACUGGAUUCAAAGUAUUGUAGUUCAUUCAUCGAUAACAGGUUAAUGGAAUUACUCGUCACUAGGUCCCUAGGAAAGAAACAUCCUUCAAUUUGAAUAUGUUAGUAAACCAGUCCAUUCAGCUUGUCUACAAUCAUAGUAACCUUUGUGUUGUGUUUAUCCAAAUUUAGUUGCUUGUAGAUUUGUAGUGAAGAAAGUUCUUAUAAUUUAUUUUUGUGUCAUCACAUGGAGAAAAUUAUGAGGUUGUAACUGUCGUGUAAAUCGUAAUGUUUCAUUCCAAGUGUGACGAUUUACUAUGUUUAGUAGAUGAGUAUAGAGAAUGGGAAAUGCAAAAACACAUUCCAUUAUUAUUUACUGUUAAGCCUUAAGCGCUUGGGCUGUCUUAAUGGGCAUUACAUCUAGUUUAGCAGCAUGAAGCAAGUAUAAGUGCUUUAUAUUGGUUCAUUUUAUACAUUUUAAAGGUCAGAUGCAACUUAUUUCAAUAUGAAAAAUUGCUUUCAAAUUUCAAGAUUCAAGUUUUAUCGUCCGUGUACAAUACAUAGUUUUUUUCUCCAUUGAAGUUACAUGCAAAAAAAGCAUAUUACAAAACAUGGUACUGUGUGCUUGGGAUUUGAAUUUUGCAGUGUGACGUUACAUUUGCUGUGUUAUCCAGGGUAUUUGUAUUGGCUCGAUUAGUUAACUACGAAAGUUGCGCAAAUACGUUGUACCAGCAUGAGGUCGCUCUUUUAAAUUAUUCUGUUGGAAUAUGAUUUCAACAGUCUUGUAGAUACGUCACUGGACUGUGGAUCACAUGGUUCACAGUUCGAGUCCCGCCCCGGCACUAACGUCCUUUGGCAAGACAUUAAUCUACAUUUGCCACUCUCCACCCAGGUGUUUAUUAGGUACCCGGUAGGAUGCGAACAUUGAUGUGGUUGGAUUGUAAAAUGGCACCUGGUUGAAAUAUUCUCCACGGAGCGUUGUACUUUCAUGUGCCGAUUAGCAAUUGAAUCCAAUGAUCGGGGUAAUAAUAUUUACAAUGUAGAGCGCUUAGAAACGUAGCGUUAAGCUCUAUACAAAUGUGACUAUUAUUAUUACUGUUUUACAAGUACAGCCUACACAAAUACCAGGCAAAUGCAAUGAUGGGGAAGGUUUUUACUAGUUAUAUUUCAAUGUUUUUAUUAAUGAUAUAGGAUAUUCACUUGUGUAGAAUUGUACAAUAGAAUAUUUAUUUACAUCAAAGUAUCAAUAUAUUUUUAGAAGUAAGUUAGUAAUUUGUUUUAACUGUCCAAGAUACAUGUAUUAAAUUGUUUACUUUUACUUGUUAAUUUUCAAGUUUUUCAUAUGAUGGGGCUGUUUUGAUGUCAACAGUCCCAAAACUUUCAGCAGUGACCGAAGUUUAUGUGAAAGAUUUUCAUCAGUGAACAUGUAAACUUGAUACCUAUUUUUGUCAUAAAUUCUAUUUUGUACUAGUCUUGAAAUCAUCUGUUUUUCAUCUGUGUAUGUAUUCCUGCUUGAUAACCAGAUAUGCCUUCAACCAUCGAGGCUGAGAAAAAGACUAGCACUGAAAGAAAAAGAAGUGGAUUUAUUGUUGUUUUCCAAUUACAUAAAGAUUUGUGCAACUAACAACAUUCCAUUUCCAAGAAAAUUGUAUAUUUGCUACAUGAUUUAUAAUACAUACCAUUUUUGCCUUAAGUAUUAAACCUUUUAUUCACUUGAUCUGUGAUUGUGCAUGGUUUCUGUAUGAAUGUUUGUGUUUAAAAUUGUACAGAUUUCCUGUUAGAAAAUGACCCCAAAUAGAAUUAAAGUUGAAUUAUAAUGCCCCUAUGAAGGUCACAUUCUAGUGUACUCUAUUAGAAUGCUGAAAUAAUAGAUUUAUUGAAAGUCAGGUAAUGUAAAACUUUAGCUAAUAUCAGAAUUGGAAGCCGUAUAGCAUUAAUCUUUUGAAAUAUGAAUUAAAAGUAUUCUGUUUUAGCAAAUGUGCCAAAAUAUACUUAAUGCCUUGGACUUUUUGAAAGUUAGGGUAUGUUGAUUAUUAAUUAAAUAUUGCAUCCUAUACUAGAAGAAAGACCAAUCGGUUAAAAUCAUAUUGAGACAAAGGUAUGUGUACAGUCGGGUAGUUAUACCGACACAAUGAAAGAUUGUUAUUUAUAAUGCGAUUCAGCAUGUUUUGAUGUAAUUUAAAGUAUUGUAUUUCUUGUCGCUUGUUUAUUUCAGUGCAAUGAUUACGCACCAUGAUUAUAUUUUGUAAGAUAACGGUGUUAUGAUGAAGAUUUCUUGUGACAUGCUUCCUAUAAUGAAUGAUGCCAUUAAUAAGAUUUAUUUUAAUUUCAUCUUGUGAGCUACCAUAAUCUACGCAUCCCAAGGUGCCGUGUGAUUUUAGAUAUUUCUCUGUACAAAGUGACAAUUAAAAAAAGAAGAUUAUUGAAAUGAUAAAAA